AAUCCUCCUUCAACUACUGCAACUUUUCACCCUCUCUAACUUCCGCUUAAGCUUCAUACUUGCCCUUGACAAAACGUUCUUGUCCUGGUCAGAGCUUAAGCUUGUUUCUCUGUACCUAAGCCACUCCACUACAUACACACCUAGCGCCCCGGCUACAACUACAUACACUACAGAUCAAGCAGCCCCAACCAGAUCCCUUCAUUCUCUCCACCCUGGGUAACGUACCCUGUUUGUCGUAUAAGCACUGCCUCGUCCCGAAAUCUCCUACUCCCUUUUGACGCGUCCUCCAUACUCGCUUCCGUUUCAUAUAUCAGUCCUCCUUCUUCGCUUGCCUUCACUACUCACCUUACUCUCUUCAGUCCACUCAACCUCACCUCACCUCCAAGCCACUCAAAGAUACCCACACUACAAUAUCACGACUGUUCAGCAUCAUGAUUGAGACUCCCUCACAACGACUGGCCGUCGCCGAAUUGGCCAUCUACGCUCUUUUCUCCCUUCUCGGCAUCUUCAACUUCAUCAAGCAUGGCAGGCACGGUUGGCUCGGCUGGUUUUUCUUCCUGGCCUUCUGUCUGCUUCGUCUCACCGGCCAGGGCAUGUCAAUCAACAGCAGCAGCUCGUCGGCUGCAAUUGUCAGUUCCAUUGGUAUUUCAGCUUUGAUUUUGGCUGUGCUUGGCAUCACACACGAAUGCUCCAAGUACACCAAGAACUACAAGAAGCAGGUUGAGUGGGCUGUCAUCAUCUUCCUUCACGUCGUCGUCUCUACUGGUAUCAUCCUCGUUGCCAUUGGCGGCUCGCAUCUCUCCGAUCCAGCCGAGGAUCCAAAGAAGUCGCAAAACCUAAUGGAAGGUGGUUACAUCCUCGUCCUGCUCGGUCUGCUUCUGGUCACUGGCUACAUCAUUGCAACAUGGCGCAUACUCCCAUCUGCGCACCAAGCCGGCGGCGCCCACGCUUCAUCUGCGCAAGCCAAGACCAUGGCUCUCGCCGUUAUCUGCACACUGCCCUUCAUCUACGCCCGCGUCAUCUUUGGCGUCGUCUCUGCCUUUAAGAUUCUCACCGACCCGUCGCUCAGCCCAUUCAACGGCAGCUUCGUCGUCAAGCUCGUGCCCAUGUCGCUGAUGCAGAUCUUUGCUGCUCUCAUUCUCGUGGUCGGUGGCUUGUUGACACGCAACAUUGCGUCCAAGAAAGCCUAUGAGCCGGAAAGGCCAGAACUCCUACUAAGUCAUUUCUGAUGCAGCAAAUCAGGGACACGGAGGCGCGCGAGCACAAGGCCUGUGUCUACCCACGACCAGGCUCAGCCGAGAUGGGCGGGAGCUUAAGCGUGCUUUGGGUGCAGAAUGAAUGAUGGUCGUGGAAAAUGGUUGUACGAUUAGCGCUUGCAGAAGUAAAGUAGUGCGUCAUUUCUUGGCAUCGGCGUUUGACUCUUUCCAUAUGGGGAUGAUCGGAUCCAGCGCCGGGCAGAUAUGGGGGGAAGUCUUUGAACAACAUGCAUAGACCGUGUGUAGCACAUCUAAUGAAUUUCAUUGACCUCUUGAUAUUUCCACUAUGCUCAUGCUGAUUGAUUGAUUUCUUGGCGUCGCAUACUGCUGAACAGUUCGUCGUCGUAUCAAGUCACGUGCGCGCCCUCAUUCCUUUUCCUGAUGUGGGCACACAAAUCGUGACAAGACACCUGGAUCUAAGAUAGUCAUCCCAUGGCAGACUCGACUAUGCUC